AUGGGUUUAUUCGCCAAGAAACGUCAUGGGGAGAUGAUUCCCGCAGAUAAGGAAGGUCGCCGCUUCACAUGGCGGAUUGAAAAGUUCUCCUCCUACUCACCCGGCCACACUCUUGACAGUGACAACGCUGUCUGCUUCACAAAAGCCAAGUUUCACUUCCACAUGACUCUCGGCGUGAAUGGAGAUAUUGGACUCUACAUCCACUAUAAGGCCUCUGGUAUUCCAAAGUACUCCUAUUACUUCGCCAACAGCGCUGGUAUUGCCAUGCGGCAGCACACCGCACAUACCAUCCCAUCCAACACGGAACGCUGCGGUCACUGGAACGCCUGUUCACGUGCAGACAUGAUGGAACUUAUCUCUAGAGAUGAUAUACUCCUUGUACACUUCUGCUUUGAUGAUGACAGCCUCGUCCUGCGCCGCAUUCCAGAGGAAAACACAGUGAUUGUGACGUGGACAGUACCACAACUAUUCAAUCAAAUGUUAAACCCGUACUCUUCACAUGGUUUUCUUAAUGAACGCUCUUACUAUGUGGUGAGGCUCGAAGUACGCAAAGAAGGAGGUGCCGCAGAUGCCAUUGGUCCAUAUGAUAUUAACAACAUUAAAGAUCUCGUCUUCUUCAUCUUCUCUCGCAAGGGUGAGAUUCCCCAACACAGUAUUGAGUUAUUUGAUGAGAACAACAACAGUAUUGCAAAACUGGAGAAACGUGAAGAAAAAGGUGCCCAAACACUGGUGGUGCCAAAGGAUGUUGUGAUGAAUGCAGUGGGGCCUAAUGGGGCACUGCGAGUGCAGGUGGAAAUGCAUUCCGGCGGCAAUCCAUUGAAUGUACUGAAUGCCCUCAGUGGACAACAACAGAAGGAACAGCCAGUGGAGGAUGAGUUAACCAAAACCGUCCAGAUAGGUGAUAAGAAGGAGGAGUAUCUCGCAAUGAAUGGAGAUGACUAA